AUGAUCUGUGCCCCCGGCUGGCGGAUGACGAGGCGAUUGCUGAGCAGUGAUCUAAUGUUCCUGCCAUUGGCAGCUACAUACUGCUUCCUGCUAUCACAAUCUUGGGAGCCUGAUACUCUCAGCCUCAUUCUGCCUGGGAGCCUCCGUGGAUUCAAUCCUCAAUUCUUUCCAAAGCUGGAGGGCAUCAUGGGCCUCUUCUCACGCACCAUAACAGCGGCAUCGCUUUGGGUGCAUCUGCUGUCCAUCAAUCUGUACGCUGCUCGCACAGCAUACUUGCAAGGCUUACAGAAUGGUGUCCCAACCAGGCACACUGUGCUGCUGUGCUCAGUGCUUGCACCACUGGGCGUGCUCAGCGCUGCCUUGACUAAUUACCUUGUCCAGAGCAAAAGCAGCAGCAGAUCCAAUGCCACUGUGCCAAAUGAAGCUUGA